UGGAGGAGGGAAUAGGAGGCACUUUUUGGAUUCUUUCCUCUCUCCGUGGUCGCCGAGAUCGGCGUCUCUUUGUCUCCAUCUCGCUUCAGUCGAUCAAGGGGUGGGGUUUGAUCGGGGAUCGGGAGAUGGGGCAGCAGUCGCUGAUCUACAGCUUCGUCGCGCGGGGGACGGUUAUCCUGGCGGAGUACACCGAGUUCUCGGGCAACUUCAACAGCAUCGCCGCUCAGUGCCUGCAGAAGCUCCCCGCUAGCAACAAUAAGUUCACCUACAACUGUGACGGGCACACCUUCAACUACCUCGUCGAGGACGGAUAUACAUAUUGUGUAGUUGCUGUUGAGUCAGUUGGCAGGCAAAUUCCCAUUGCCUUCCUGGACAGGGUGAAGGAGGACUUCAACAAAAGAUAUGGAGGAGGAAAAGCUGCAACGGCCUCAGCCAAUAGCCUCAGCCGCGAGUUUGGGUCCAAGCUUAAAGAGCAGAUGCAGUACUGUGUAGAUCACUCCGAAGAGAUCAGCAAGCUUGCCAAGGUGAAGGCUCAGGUUUCUGAAGUCAAAGGAGUUAUGAUGGAAAAUAUUGAGAAGGUUCUUGACCGUGGGGAGAAAAUUGAGUUGCUUGUUGACAAGACAGAGAACCUUCGCUCCCAGGCACAGGAUUUUAGACAGCAAGGGACAAAGAUGAGGAGGAAAAUGUGGCUACAGAAUAUGAAGGUUAAGCUGAUCGUCUUGGGCAUAAUUAUUGCGCUAAUUCUUAUCAUAGUUUUGUCCAUAUGCCAUGGCUUCAAAUGCUAGCAUCUACGGAUCUGCCACCGUCACAACCACCCGUUCCCCUGUAAGACUGGUUCUGUGUCUUAGUGUAGCCUAUUAGUUUCAUAAACCUUGGUGAGUCGUGCUUCAGCAUUUACAUUUGCAGAAUGAGUAUUUUGUUUGUCUUCUUGUCUGCUGGGUACCAAGACGGUAUUAGCUCAGUGUGUCGUAUGCCAUGCGGUGUAGCCUAAGAACAGAAUUGCUUUUUUGUCAUCGCGGCUUAUCUUGUUCUUCAAGUAUUAUUUUCUUGUGGUA